AUGGACGACGCGGAUAGGGCUAAUGAGUCUUCAAAGAAGUAUCUGUUGGUGUCGUUUCAUUUGCGUGGUAGACCACCUAAGAUGAAGAGCGUGGACGUGGUCCCAAGGAAAUGGGUCCUUCCAUCCAAAUCGAAGAAGAAACUUCAAUGCUAUUAUCCUCCUCCACCAUACGACAAAGUCCAGGAAUUGGUCAGCACGCAUUCCGAUUAUCAACAGGAAUGGGAGGUUUAUAAUAUUGAAAUCCAUGGGCAAUCAAAAACCUACAAGAAAGCGGAACUUCUUCUGGAGGAAAUCAAGAAACAUGGGAAUGAGUAUGCCUUUUCAACAGAUACAGAAGCAGAUUUUGCUGACAAGGCAGUUAGACUUAGCAAAGAAAUCUUGAAGUUAGAUUUAAAGAAGAUGGAACAACAGAUUAAAGAAAAGAUGGAUCCGUCAUCAGCAAUGUCAUCAAAGUCUGUCAACUCACAAGAUGCAUUCGAACGGGGUCUGGGAAUGAUGGAUUGGCCCUCUCUCGAGUUGACAGAGGAGAAUUUGUAUUCUCCAAUAAUUCUUGAGCAGGACAUCACCGAACAGACUAGUGGGCAGCCACAGGGAGCUGAAGUUCCUGAUAAUACCCCGAAGGAACCACCUCAGAAGAAAAGGAAGCUAGAGAAGCAAUUUUGCUGUAAUCAUCCUGAACAAACAAAAAUGGUGAAUCUCUUGAUUUCAAUUAGAGAAGACAUAAAGAGAAUUGAUCAAAGACUUUCAAACAUUGAACGUGGUUUUGAGGGCAACCUUGAUUUCGUAUCAGCUGAUCUGUCAAUGCCUGAAAAAUAUCAAAUUUCAAUCCCUAUCAGCUCUAUUGAACUCCUUCAACAUUUCGAACAACAAUUACUGAACAAUCGUCAAUGCCUCACUGAUACCCUCAAAGUGUUGAAAACCCUCAAAACAACCAAAAUAUCGAUGAGCGCAUCCAGUAUUUUGAAAAAGUUCAUAACCAGAGAGGUGGCCAUGCAAUACACUGCCAGCAAGCAAAUGUCCGAUAAAUUCGUGAUGAAAUUGAAUCUUCCCCAGUUCAUGGGGUGCCUUACGGAGACUCUCGUAGCUGCUCACAACGUAACCGAGAAAGAUGCUGAAAACGCAAUAGGCACAGCACUUACGCACGCGAAAGGCUGGGAUGGACAUCGAAAUGUAAAAAAAGCUCAUGGUGCUGGGAAGAGUAACCGAACAUCAUCAGCUUCAGGAACUGGAAGUUCAUCCGACGAUGGACAACUAUUCAACACUGGAAAGACUGACAACUUGACGGGCAUCAAGGAUUCUUGGGAGAGAAUGAAGGCACGAAAUUCGAGUCUGUGGGACUCUCAUUCAGGAGAAACUUCCGAGUCAGAAUGA